GUUGUAAUUCUGCGUCGUCCGGCAGGGGGCGUUUUUUCAUCUCUAACAACUUCCUACAUCUGAUCAAACAUGGCGGCGUACAGAAGAAAAUUGUUAGCUGCAGGACUGAGUUGGAAAGCUUCCUUGAUGAUCAGGAGCACCUGUCAGACCCGCCGUAGGCUUGCUGUGCUGCCCACAAUUAUCAGGAAGAACUGGGUGACCUUGAGUGUCACAGGUGCUCUGUGUGCUGUCCCUUUCACCCAGAAACCAGAAAGUCUAUCCCAUGAAGACUUGGUACGAAGAGCUUCAUCUUUGGUCACUGACAGUGCUAAUACUUUCCUUUCACAAACCACUUUAGCUCUGCUCGAUUACCUUACAGGUUAUAUUAAGGCUAUAAACAACCUGGUGACAUUGCACAAACAAUAUGUGGCCUCCAUCAGCAAACUUACUCCUGCAGAAGAAGAUGUUAUCUGGCAGGUCAUUCUUCGCCAGCGUCAGGAGGUAAUUGACAGACGAAAGGAUUGCAAACGAUUAGAAUCUUGCUGGAUGACUGCCAUCAAUCUAUCAGAGCUGGCUGCAGAGGCAGCCUUCAAUGCAGGGGCUGACCAAGCUUCUGUGAUGGCACAGAGCAGUCUACAGGUGGCACAGUCACAAGUGGAACAUGUUCGACAGCUAUCAAUAGAGGCUGAGAAAGCACUCAAAGACUCUAAAGCUGAAGAUAGUGAGAGGCUUCAAAAGGCCCUCAGCACCGGAAUGGAGGAGGAUGAAGACAUUCCAGAUGCAUAUCUGCGAGAGGACUAAUUAUAUUCAGAACUUUAGCACAGUUGCUGUGCUUAAAUACACAUUUACAGUAUUGUGACCACUCCCAAAACCACACCAAGACCUAUACCACUACCAAUUGAAACACUGAAUCCUAACUUCAUUUAUUUACUUGUGUCCAACUUAUAGAAGUGGCUCAAGAAAAAUGCUGUGUAAAGUGCAACCAGAAAUCCUUAAGUGGCUAUAAGUAUUAAAUGCCAGGGUGUGCAAAAGAAUUUCUGUUCCUUUUUUCUUUUCUUUUUUUCAGAUGCAGAGAGAUAAAGACCUAUGAUUUGUAAUGAUAAUUUCUCUAUGCAUGUCUGUUUUCCUUUUCUUUUUUGGUGGGAUAUGCUUUUGUGAUCAUGGAUCCAUUUAAAAAAAAAAAAAAACUUUAUGAUAGAUUAAAAAUAAACUUUAUAAUAAAAUUAAGCAAUGCUUAUUACUAAAAACUUUUCAUUUUCAGUGCCUUUCCUAUAUACCCUUUCUUCAUAUCUGUUAUGUAGAGUCUAUAUUAGUCUUUUAUAGACUAACACUUUCUAAAUCAUCCUUUAGAGUGGAUUAUGAAGGUCUACCUAGAGCUACUGUACAUUUUCAGUAUGACUAAAAUGUAAAUUUACUCCUUCCUAGUUCCCUUGUUCAUUCUGUAUUACCAUUCGCAACAAAAGUAAUUAAUCUCUCAUUAUUCUUAUUUUUCAGUGCCAACAUGAAAGAGCAUGUCAGACACUGAUGUCUAGCUCUCCUUAUCUCCACCUGUUGUUUUCUGUGUUCUCAGCUGAAGGGCCUAUUACCAGCCAAUCCUUCAUGUCACUAGAGAUGUCAUUCUGCUUUUGUGUGGUCCAGAGCUGUCCCUCAGUCUUUUCACAUAUCACACUUUUUCAGUCAACCACCCAGAGCUAAGGUCAUGUGUGUCAUUCCUUCCUCCUGUCACAUUUUCCAACCAAGCUGAUGAAUAAUGGCUAUAUAACUUUGUAAUACUAUAAAAACAGUUCUAUAUGAGUGAUGUCUAUUACUAGAUAUUAUUAAGGUACAAUAGGGCUAAAAUCCCCCCUUAAGGAAAAGUGAUUAUUUUUUCUGGUCCCUAAUGUAAAAUCAUUUUUCCAUAAUGGGGGCUUUUAGCCCUGUUGUAACCUAUUCAUAUUUAUUAAUAGACAUUACUCAAAUAGAACUGUUAUUUUUAUCAUACAUAGUUAUAUCCUUACAUCGGUGGCGGUUGAAAUAUUAUAAUUGUUUGUGUGUUUUUAGCUUAAGCACAUUGUUUCGUGGACACAAAAAAACAAAAAAUGUGUCUCAACAAUUGUAUUUUUCCAAUUAGAGCUGCGGUCUGACUAAAGAAGGUAUUUUUGCAGUGUGCCUGGUAUUAAAAGACAUUGUUUUGA